CACGCCAGAUCCUCCAACAACAAUGAACGCUACCACUGUGCGCAAAGGGCACUUUGCAACAUGAGCUUCGAUUAACGCCAAAGAAAGAAUUUGUAAUUGAUUGCGGUCGUAGCUGCUAUAAAAGACACAACAGAAAGCAACGGACCGCAUUUCGAAGUGAAGAAGCGAGGCUCGCGUAAGUUCUUGUGCUAUUGACAAGGAAAUAUUAAUUAUGUGCGUAAAACAAAAGUAAUGCGAGCAGCAACUGCUGAAACAACUAUAAAAACACACGUUUAGCAAAAUUGAUGCAGAGAAAAUAACUGUAAAUAUAUAUUAUAUAUAUAUAAAAUAACACAUUUCCAUAAUAAAUACAAAAACACCGAAUGUCAUAGGAAACUAAUAAAAAGACUGAGUAAUAAAAACAAAAGUGAAACCAAAAGACAUACAAUGUAUAUAUGUAUUUAAACACAUACACAUCUACAUUUUAUUUUUUACUAAAUUGUGUAUGCGCAAGUAACGCAACGGCAGGGCGCGAUUCGAAAGGACGGUUGGCUAAUGAUGCGAAAUAAGUCGACUGAUACUUUUUGGCAACACAUUAUACUGAAGUAUACGUAUAUACAUAACAUAGUACAUAUGCAUAUAGGCAGUAGGUUCAUGACAGUGCUCUAAUUUAUGUAUUAAGUCAACAGUCAGCCAGCAGGAGCGCUCAGUAGCAGCAGAGCAUCCGCAAGAGGCACAGCAGCAUUUCAAAUUGUAGCAAAACAGUCUGACCAAGGGAGAAGAGAAUACUUCGCGAGCGUAGAUUGUGUUGGUGCGCUGGGUGCAAGGUAUUAGAAGGUGAAGAGCGAAGAGAAUUGAGGAAGCAAACGAUAACUGUGCAGAGAAUUUAUGUGUGCGGAUGCAUAUCCGAAAACGAAAGUUUUCUUACCAAAGAAUUUGUCAUAAACACAUAAAAGAGAAACCAAAUACACGUGAAUUUAAUAGACUCAGAAUUUAAUGAACUUAGUGAACUAAAACAUAAAUAGCGCAAACCUUUAGCUAAUUUACAGCAAGAAUUAAAUAUGUGAAUAAUGGAGUGGAGUCAUAAAAAUUAAAUAAAAGCAAAAUAAUAAAUGGUAUUUACAAAUGAUAGUAUAAAAAGAAACAUAUAAAUAAAAAUUAAUAUUUGCUAAGUCUAUUUAAUUGCGGAUUACAACAAGAGGGCGAAUUCAAGCAGUUGGCAAAUGCCGGAAUAUGCACAUUUCAUCGGCAAAAAUUGUUUGGGGAGGGCAUAGACACCUGUAAACCACCACCCACAAGCUGAGAGGAAUUCAAUAGGCACGCGCUUGGAAUUCGCAAUAAAUCAGUGACACAAACAGCAGUGGCAGCAGCAGUGGCAAAAAGAGCUGAAGGAGGUAGAGGGCUAAAGUGGAUUUGUUUAUUUGUGUACAUACAUUACCGCCUACUUGAUUACCGCUAGAUUGUAAGCAGCAUACUAAGCGCUUAAAAUGUGUCCUUAACGCAAAUUACGGGCACAAGUGAGAAAUUGUUAAGCUGUGCAAAAAAUAGUCAACAGAGCGACAGAAAUACGAGUAUGUACAUACAAAUGUAUCGCAAGGGAUAAAUCGCAUGAGAUAAAUUUAAAAUUGGAAUAUUUAAACUGAGACAGUGCAAAAAAUAGUAACUAAUUUUUGAAACUGUGAAAAAUUAAUUUUAAAAAUUUAUGGAGGAUUUAAGAAACUCAAAAAUGGAAGUACAUAUCAAAAUAAAUAGCAUAAAGGAAAAAUUAUAGUAAAGUUCAAAAUUUAAGAAAUGAAAAGUGCAACAAUAUAAUAACGAAUAUCUUAAAAGAUUUAUAAUUCAAAAAGUAAUAAAAUAAUUAUAUAAUUAUGUUAUUGCAUAUGAAAAUAUUUAUAGAAUUUCAACAAUUAUAAAAAACUAAAAGGAACAAUAUAAAAGCAAGCUUAACAAAUUACAAUUUAAAAAAAAUGCACAAAAUAUAAACAACAACAAGAAAUAUAACAUACUAUAUUGUAAUUUACAAAAAAGUUUUAAGAAAUAAUUUAAAUAUAAAACAAAAAGUGUAAGAGAAGAAGAGAACAUUAUUAAGUUGAUAUUUCUAUAAAAUCUUCAAUAAUAGCGCACAAUCAAGCACUGUCGUUGGUAAAACACACUGACAAUCAACUCUACAGUUACCAGUAAAAGUCAAGCGCCAGUCACUUAUACGCCUACAAAAAACUGCAUUUAUUAAAUUAUUUACGCUUAUGACCGGAAAAUAAACUGAUCUCAAAACACAACGACUGCUACUAGUUAUCACUAAAAAAUAAAUAAACAAAUAUAUAAUAAUAUUAAUUAAACUACCAUUUUUAAUAAUACAAUAAGCUGCAAACAUGUAUGGCAUGGUUUUAGAGUCCGUCCAACACUUCAUUCAAGAGGAAUUCGGUGAAGAAGUUUGGCGUCAAGUAUGCCAAAUAAUCGACUGCCGUCACAAUACCUUCAAGACUCAUCAGAUCUAUCCCGACACGUUAAUGCCCGAUAUAGCGGCCGCAUUGUCGGCGCUUACGGGCAAGUCAUUCGAUUGGUGUAUGUCAUUUUUUGGCAAUUCUUUCGUGCGAUUUUUCAGCAAUUUCGGCUAUGAUAAGAUGAUACGUGCGACGGGACGUUAUUUUUGUGAUUUUCUACAGUCUAUCGAUAAUAUUCACUUGCAGAUGCGUUUCACCUAUCCGAAAAUGAAAAGUCCAUCCAUGCAGCUAACAGAGGUGGAUGAUAACGGCGCCGUAAUGGUUUAUCGUAGUGGACGUACGGGAUUUUCGAAAUAUUUAAUGGGUCAGUUUACGCAGGUAGGACGCGAGUUCUACAAUUUAAAUGUGAAAUGUUCGAUAAUUGAGAGUCAAAAUGAUAUCAAUGGUGGCAUAGCUGGACCCAUCAAGUUAAGUCACGAACCGUUAACGGUAAUUGUAAAAUAUCGUUUGGACUUUGACAAUCGCGAAUAUAUGGCGAAGCGUGUUAAUGUCGUGGCACAUCCAACGCAACAGAUUUUGCCGAAAAUCAAUAUUGAUGUAUUUCUGGAUCUCUUUCCUUUCACAGUGUUAAUAAAUCGCAAUAUGAUUAUUACUUCGGCUGGUGAAAAAAUUGUCGAUACUUGGAUACUACAUAAUCAAGGUAAGAAUACACAAAAUUUUCUGGGUGCACAUCUUAUGGAUAUAUUCAAGUGUCGCCGUCCGAAAGACAUUAAAAUAACUUGGGAUCAAAUUAUACAAAUGCACUCGGUACUCUUCGAAUUCGAACUAUUGCGUACAGGUCGUAAUCAAGCAGCCUACGAUGCGCUUAUGGAUCAUAAUCUCGAAGACGAAGUAAGGGAAGUAUUAAAUAGCAGUGAGGAGAAUCUGCUAAAUGUCGAUCCGAAAGAGGAAAUCGAUCCUCUUACCGGUAGACGCAAAAUAUCACAUGGAAGCAAGGCUAUUUUGUUAAAAGGUCAAAUGUUUCAUCUCAAAGAUAUUGAUUCACUCAUUUAUCUGUGCAGUCCGCUCAUUGAAAAUUUGGAUGAAUUGCAUGGCAUUGGUCUGUUCUUAAAUGACUUAAACCCACAUGGCUUGAGUCGUGAACUGGUAAUGGCUGGGUGGCAGCAUUGCUCUAAAUUGGAAAUUAUGUUCGAAAAGGAGGAGCAACGCUCCGAUGAGUUAGAAAAAUCAUUAGAACUGGCCGAUUCAUGGAAACGUCAAGGUGAUGAGCUGCUUUACUCAAUGAUACCACGUACUAUCGCCGAACGUAUGCGUAAUGGUGAGGAGACAAUAUGCCAGUCUUUUGAGGAGGUCUCCGUUAUAUUCAUAGAAGUGAUGAAUAUUUACGCUGGCGAUACGAAUGAUAUACGUGAUGCUAUGACUGCGGUUACCACACUGAAUACGGUAUUCUCGGCAUUUGAUGAAGAGAUAACAUCACCGUUUGUGUAUAAAGUGGAGACAGUUGGUAUGGUUUAUAUGGCCGUUUCAGGAGCGCCCGAUAUAAAUCCUUUACAUGCUCAACAUGCUGGCGAUUUCGCUUUGCGUGUGGUGAAGAAGGUGAAGGCUUUAGAGAUACCAGACCUUGCUAUAAGGGUGGGUAUAAAUUCGGGACCUGUGGUAGCUGGUGUUGUGGGUUUGAAAGUGCCACGCUAUUGUCUCUUUGGUGACACAGUGAACACAGCGUCACGCAUGGAAAGUAGCAGUGACCCAUAUAAGAUACAAUUAUCGAACUAUACUGCGAUGAAAUUGCGUGAGGCGAGCUAUAAAAUCGAAUCGCGUGGCUAUGUAAAGGUCAAAGGUAAAGGUGAAAUGGAAACAUUUUGGCUUUUAGACGAGCCGGAUACAUAGAGGAAGCAGUGGUACGAAAAUGUACAAAUUGAACUGUGCUCGUGAAGUAUAGCAAUGUUUUUAUGUAUGUUUAUAUGUAACCCUGUUUAGCGUCGCUUUAAUGCUCUUAUACUCCUAUUUAUCUUUACUUUCUAUGUAUUCAAAAUAAAUGUAAAACAUCUCACGGAAAUGUGUAUUAAUUGUAUAUGGUAUUCUUGACCGGAGAUUUAAGGGCUUCUCGGAAGGAGUAAUAAAAUUUAUGAAUCGUUUUUUUUUCGGAAA